UGAUCUAUGAACACCUACAUACAUACUUGACACAAUUGUAUUCGCAUUGUCAUCACUCGGAGUGCAUAUCGAUUGAUAAAUUGUGAUAGAUCAACGUAGGCUUAGCUCAACAUCUCGUGUUUUUUUUUUUCAGCUGACCUUUUCGAUAAUAUCGAGAGAUUAUCCCGAUAUUUCAGCUCUUUUGUUCAAAUUCGUAAUCAUUCGCUGGAAUCUAACCUUAAGGGUAUCUUUUUCAGUGACUUUUCUUUUCUAAUAAGAAUCGUUGUGUAAGUCAAUUUUUUUACUAUUUUUCUUUUUCCGAGUUAAUUUGCGUGAGAGAGAAAAUACAUUGGUCCAAUAAUAAUCCUGCGAAGCAAGGAUGUUUGUCAAAAAUCAGUGAAAUUUUACUGGUGACAGUGAAAAAUAUAUAUAUAUAUAUAAUUUGAUUGUGUAUUAUUAUAAUUCUUCGCGCGAAAUUUUAUCAUUGAUAUUUCACGAUGACGUCGUUUUAUCAGAAUGACAAGUUCUCGCUUGCGGAGAGUUGUGACUGCAAAAAUAAUAUUCUAGAAUCCAAAGCUGCGGUAAUCAAUAUGUCAACUCACAAAGGUGUUGAAAAACGAUAUGAUGAUAUAAUAAAAUCACAAAAUGAUGACAGAUUGUAUAGAGGUUUAGUACUUGCUAAUAAAAUGAAAGUACUUUUAAUAAGUGAUUCAACAACUGACAAGAGUGCUGUUGCACUAGAUGUUAAUAUAGGCUAUAUGUGCGAUCCAGAUGAUUUGCCUGGAUUAGCUCAUUUUUGCGAACACAUGUUAUUUUUGGGAACGGAGAAGUAUCCUCAACAGAAUGAUUAUAAUAUGUAUUUGUCACAGAAUGGUGGUGCGAGUAAUGCAUCAACGCAUUCAGAUCAUACCACCUAUUACUUUGAUAUAACUCCAGAGAAGUUAGGAGGUGCAUUAGACCGUUUUGCCCAGUUUUUUUUGAAACCUCUGUUUACAGAGACUUUGACUGAAUUGGAGUUAAAUGCUAUAAAUUCGGAACACGAGAAAAAUUUAGCAAAUGACACCUGGCGAUUUGAUCAAUUGGACAAAUCGUCUGCCAACUCUGAUCAUCCAUUUUCCAAAUUCGGCACGGGUAAUAGAGAAACGUUAGACAUAAUACCAAAACAGAAAGACAUCAAUGUUAGAGAUAGACUACUUGAGUUUCAUGAAAAGUAUUAUUCUGCAAAUAUUAUGUCAUUGUGCAUUCUUGGCAAAGAGAGUUUAGAUGAACUUGAAAACAUGGUAGUAGACCUCUUUUGUGAGGUGCGAAACAAUGAAGUUGAAGUUCCAGUAUGGCCUGAACACCCAUUUAACAAUAAACGCUUUCGUACUAAAUGGUACAUUGUUCCAAUAAAAGAUAUGAGGAAUUUAGACAUUACGUUUCCUUUGCCUGACUUGCAAGAAUAUUAUCGAUCUGCGCCUGCACAUUAUGUUUCUCAUCUGCUCGGACAUGAGGGAGAAGGCUCAUUAUUAUCAGCCUUGAAGGCCAACGGUUGGUGCAAUUCCUUAGCAUCUGGAAAACGGUCAGGCGCUAGAGGCUUCAGUUUUUUCAGCGUUCUUGUCGAUCUAACCGAAGAAGGAAUUAAGCAUGUUGACGAUAUUAUUACACUGAUGUUUCAGUAUAUCAGUAUGCUUAAAAAAGGCCCAAUUGAAUGGAUCUACAAUGAAUAUAGAGAUAUCGCGAACAUGAAUUUUCGUUUUAAAGAGAAAUCUUCACCACGUAUUUACGUGAAUUCUACAGUACAAGCGAUGCAGGAAUAUCCCAUGAAUGAAGUUUUAUGUGCGGAACGUAUUUUCCCUGAAUGGCGACCGGACAUUAUCAAUCAGAUAAUGGAGUAUUUAACACCGCAAAAUAUCAGAGUUCACGUGAUUGGAAAAGUAUACGAAAAUAUAGCUAACUCGACGGAAAAGUGGUAUGGCACUAAAUACAAAAAAGAGAAGAUACCAGUGGACGUAAUUAGCAUGUGGGAGAACGUUAACGAUAAUUCGGAUUUGCAAUUGCCUCCCAAGAAUGAAUUUAUAGCGACUAAGUUUGAUAUGAAGCAUGAAACUAAUAUAGAAAAAUUUCCUACAAUUAUAGAGGAUACACCGUUUAUAAGACUUUGGUUUAAAAAAGAUGACGAAUUUCUUGUACCAAGAGCUAAGAUGAUCUUCGAUUUCGUCAGCCCACUCGCAUACAUAGAUCCCAUUAGUUGCAAUUUAAGUUAUAUGUUUGUCCAGCUAUUUCGUGAUUCUCUCAAUGAAUAUGCAUAUGCUGCCGACUUAGCUGGUUUACAGUGGGAACUCAGUAAUAGCAAAUAUGGAAUAACACUUGCUAUAGGUGGUUACGACGAUAAGCAGCAUGUAUUGUGAAAAAUUAUGGACAGAAUGAUAAACUUUAAAAUUGAUCCAAAGAGAUUCGAAAUCCUAAAAGAAAGUUAUAUCAGGAACUUGAAAAAUUUUGUGGCUGAGCAGCCCUAUCAACAUGCAGUCUACUAUCUUGCAGUUCUGUUAGCAGAACAAGUCUGGACUAAAGAUGAAUUAUUGGAAGCAACUGAACAUCUAAUUGUUGAUAGAGUUCAACAGUUUAUACCACAACUUCUUAGUAAAGUGCACGUAGAAUGUUUGAUACAUGGUAAUGUGACUAUAGUGGAGGCCACAGAUACAGUUAGAUUAAUUGAAUCCAAGUUGACAAGUGCAGUGCCUCACAUAAUGCCAUUAUUGCAUAGACAACUAAUAUUGUAUCGUGAAAUUAGAUUGGAAGAUGGUUGCCACUUCUUAUUUGAAGCAGAAAAUAAAUUGCAUAAAAGUUCAUGCACAGAGAUAUACUAUCAAACUGGUUUGCAAUCAACAGAGUCAAAUAUGCUCUUGGAACUUUUAGCACAAAUUAUUUCGGAACCUUGCUUCAAUACUUUAAGAACUAAGGAACAAUUAGGCUAUAUUGUAUUUAGCGGUGUGCGUAGAACGAAUGGAGCGCAAGGCUUGCGAGUUAUAGUUCAAAGUGACAAACAUCCGCAAUAUGUUGAAAAACGAAUCGAUUUAUUUAUGAAUUCUAUGUUGGAUCAUAUAUCUGCAAUGUCAGAAGAGCAAUUUGAAAGACAUAAAAAAGCCCUGGCUACGAUACGUCUUGAGAAACCAAAAAUGUUAAGUUCUCUAUGUGCUAUAUUCUGGAAUGAGAUUUCAAGCCAGCAAUACAACUUUGAUCGAGCAAAUAUCGAAGUAGCUUAUUUAAAGACUAUAACGCAGCAGCAAAUAGUUAAUUUUUAUAAGGACAUUAUAUUUAGUGAAGCACGACACAAAUUGUCAGUGCAUAUUAUAUCUACAGCAACAGAUAAUACAUCAACGGAAGAAAGUAUAUCCGAUUCAAAUAUUAAAAUUGAAAAAGUUACUGAUAUACCAGCCAAUCAAGAAGUUAAGAAAAUUGAUGAUAUUUUAUCUUUUAAAAUUAGUCAAUCUUUAUAUCCUCUAUCAAAACCAUUUAAGGAAUUUCCUAGAAAGGGUAUAAGCUCUUCUAAAUUAUAAUUAAAUAAUAAAUAUAGUAAGAUAAUUUUAAUACGAAUUAGAUGAACUUGUGUAAUGCAUAAUCUUUUUAUUAAUUUCUAUUGAUUAAAAAAUUAAUUUACGCACGUUUUAAUUAUUCUAAAUAAAUCAAUUGCAUAAUAACAUUUAUAUCUCUAGUUCACUGAAUUUAUAUAUAAUUUAUAUUGGUAUAUAAAUCAUAACAUAUGUAAAAUACAUAACGAUUAUUCUUGAAAAUGAAUUGUUGGAUUAUAUCAUCGAGAGAUUUUGUAGAUUAAAUUCACAUAAUGAAAACAUGAUUUAUAGAUGAAAUUCACAUAAUGAAAAUUUCCCUAUUCUACGAAAUUUAAU